CUGGCUUGAUGUUUGUCCGCGUGGUACUCCCAGGGACGGCUGUGUCCGUGGCAACCCACGAGGGUGCAGCUGUAUAUCCGAAGGGACAUCUCUCUCGCGCGCAAAGAAAGAUAAGGCGAAAGCGGACAGGUGGCAGAAGGGAUAGGUCGAAGAGGGAGAAAAUGGGCGAGAGAAAAAGGAAAAGGGACGGUGAGACCACGAUCUGCCACGCUUCCGCCUUCUUGCUUCGAGAAAUAGUCCGGGACUUUUCCCUUCUUUCUUUCGCGCCGACACUUGGACUCUUCGUCGUUCAGUCGCGGAACUCAAGAGACCCCUGGGAGUCUACGUGGGAGUCGGACUCGAUGGGACCGAUCGUUUUUUCAACAGAUAUUUCGCGACGGCAGCGUAAAGUGUAAGAAGAACCUGAAGACAUCAUUAAGUCUCACCUGGGGAAAAAGGUACAGCGGAAACGGUCGCAAACUUGACGAAAUGAUAUCCGAUAAAUGAUACAACGAUUGAUAAAAGCAAGAAGAGGACGGUAAUGGACUAACUUAAUUCGCACCAUAAAAAGGCAAGCGAUAGUUUGGCAUAAAAGGCUAUAUGUCACGCGCUUUGAUGAUGAAAGUUCAUGAUGCUUAUCUCUUUUAUACACGCCAUGAAUGGAGCUACCGAGUCGCAUGAUCGAUUAUCGGCUGAUGGUUUACUACCCUCAUGAGAUCUCUCGCCCCCUUUGACGCAAUAUAACACGGAGACCAGAUGCUCCCUCGCAUGGCAGGGGAAUUCAUGAUUCAUGGUCAAUUUAAAAAGAUGAGAGAGAGAGAGAGAGAGAGAGAGAGAGAGAAUGUUAAUAUAACUUCACAGUCAAGGACUAGUUUGCACGUUUGUCGUAGAUUUCAAGUUUCUUUCUUUUCUUUCUCUCUUUCUUUUAAAGAAAAUGGAACAAUUAUUUGUGAAUCGAUU